AAAAUAAAAUAAAAAAAAAAAAAAAAAGAUAACAAGAUGGUUCAAGAACCUCAGGUAAUCAAGUCCAAGGAUGGCAAGAUUGUUUACCCAACAGUGCGCCGAGAAGAUGUGAAGGAGACAACACAUGGCAUCGAGGUCGCGGACCCUUACCGCUGGCUGGAAGACCCUGAUUCCAAGGAAACUGAGGCCUUUGUGGAGGCCCAGGCUGCGCUCGCCAAGGAGUUCAUGAACAAGUUUGAGGAUAAGGACAAGUUCAAUAAGAGGUUGACAGAGUUAUUCAAUUAUGAACGUUUCUCGACUCCUUACAAGCGUGGCGAUUACUAUUACUAUUACCACAAUUCUGGAUUGCAGGCACAGAGCGUGUUGUUCCAGCAAGACACUUUGGAUGGAGAGGCACGCGUGUUUUUGGAUCCCAAUCUGUUGGAGGCCGAUGGCACGGCCGCAUUGGGGGCCCAAGCGUUCUCAGAGUCUGGUCGAUACUUUGGAUAUGGUGUCUGUAAGUCAGGAUCGGAUUGGACGACUAUCCAUGUGAUGGAUAACCAGGGAAACCAAUUGGAAGACAAAGUCGAGUGGGCCAAAUUCACAAGGAUUGCAUUUACACAUGACGACAAAGGAUUCUUUUAUUCUAGCUAUGAAAAACCUGAUAUCGAUCCUAGUAAGAGAGGACAGGAAACAGCAUCAAACCAAUUCAUGCGAUUGUACCAUCACAAGAUUGGAACCCCUCAAUCGGAAGAUAUCCUUGUGUACCUUGACACUGUGAAUGGAACAUUCAUGCCUAGUGCUGUUGUUUCAGUGGAUGGAAAAUAUCUUAUUAUAACCAUCAGUAAGGACUGUGAUGAUAUCAACAACCUGUACUUGAUCGACCUCGAGGCUGUUGGAUACCAGAUCAGAGAGAACUUGGACUUGAUCAAAGUUGUGGAUAACUUUGACGCUGCUUAUUCCUACUUGGCCAACAAGGACAAGAUAUUUUACUUCAAGUCCAACAGAGACGCUCCUCGGUCCAGGGUUGUGAAGUAUGAUUUGACCAAGCCUGAAGAAGGUUUCGUCGAGAUUGUUCCUCAAACUGAAGAUGUUCUGACAGAGGCUGCAGUGGUUGAUCAGGAUAAGCUUAUUCUUCAUUAUAUCCACGAUGUCAAGAGCGUUUUGCGCGUGCAUAAUUUGAUCACGGGCAAGUAUUUGAACGACAUUAAAGUCCCUGUGGGCACGGUGACGGGCAUUUCUGGAAAGAUCAAAGACAAGGAUUUGUUUAUUCAAUUCAUGUCGUUCCUCAGCCCUGGAACGAUCUAUCGUUACCAAUUUGAGGAACAAGCUGAGGACAAGAGAUUGUCAGUGUUCCGACAGGCCAAGGUCAAGAACUUUGAUGCAGACUUGUUUGAGACCAAGCAAGUGUUCUAUCUUAGUAAGGAUGGUACAAAGAUCCCCAUGUUUAUCACCUACAAGAAGGGCCUUAAACUCGAUGGUGACAACCCCACGUUCCUUUACGCUUAUGGAGGCUUCAACAUCUCAAUUCAAGCAACCUACAGCCCUGCGGUGAUUGUAUUUAUUCAACACCUCGGAGGAGUGACAGCGCAUGCAAACAUCCGUGGAGGUGGCGAAUACGGUGAAGAGUGGCAUAAAGCUGCAAUCACCCGUAAGAGACAGAACGCGUUUGACGACUUUCAAUGGGCUGCAAAGUAUUUGGUCCAGGAAAAAUACACACGUCCAGCUCGUUUGGCGAUCAAUGGAGGCUCGAACGGAGGAUUGCUGGUGAACGUCAGUGUGAAUCAGGCACCAGAGUUGUUUGGAGCUGCGGUUUCGGAUGUGGGACUGUCAGACAUGUUGCGGUUCCACAAGUUUACGAUCGGACAUGCAUGGCAAUCGGAUUAUGGACGGCCAGAUGAUGAUAAGGAGGACUUUGAGUAUUUGCUCAAGUAUUCACCCCUGCAUAAUGUACAAACGGAGAAGCCAUAUCCUGCUGUGGCACUGUUUACAUCGAGUCACGAUGAUCGUGUGGUGCCAUUGCAUACAUUCAAGUUGAUAGCUGAGUUGCAGUACAAAGCAGGAGGGCUGACAGAUAAACCAUUGGUGGCCCGAAUCGAGACUAAAGCUGGACAUGGAUUCGGUAAGCCUUUGACAAAGCGCAUUGAGGAGAUUACAGAUCGGUUCUCAUUCAUUGCCUACGCUGUUGGAGCCAAGUGGGAGGAUUAGGAAAAGAUUUAAAAAUGAAGCUCUUUUUUUUUUUUUUUU